ACGGGUCCCUAGAUAAGCGAAGAACAUGGCAAAACUCCGCUUAAAUAGCACUAUAAAAUAUACUAAAAGCCAUCAGAUCGUCUAAUCUCGAAUGCAAUGGAAUAGCAGCAAACACAUCGUGAAUCUCAGUCACGCUCAUUUUAGUAUAAAUAUAGUGCCAAACGUUGUGGAGAAUCGUUUCAUGAUUUUGGAAUCGGAAGCAACACGUACACGAUGCCAGACCACAGCCGAAUUAUCGUGUGGACCAUGCUGUUAUCUUCUUUGUGUCAUCCAAUUCAAACAUUUCUGCUGUCUGGAGGCGAUGUUUGUUUCGGAAUAUGCAACUGCGUUGAAGAAAAAAUGUGGUUUGACUAAAGUCCGGAUAUAUGAAACCGAAGUAAAACUGGUACGAUGCGAGGAGAGAGAUCUCAGAUCUAUACCAAGCUUUGCAAUUCAGAAUCUUCCUACGGGAUUCUAUCCUGGUGGGAAAAACUUUACCAUUGACUUGCGUAGCAAUUAUAUACAAACUGUUCCUGAUAAAGCGUUUGGAGACCUGCCAAAGCUGUCCAGCGUUGACCUCUUUGGAAUUAUUUUAUGGAAUAAUUCAAUAUCGUCCGUAAGCGAUUCGGCAUUUCUUGGUCUAGAAAAUACUAGAGUUGUUGUAGAUCUCGCAACAAAUAAUUUGACGACAAUCCCACAAGCACUGCGUAUUCUAAGAAAGAUCGAAGUGUUAGAAAUAGCAGACAAUCCCAUUAUGACCUUAGAUUCUUCCAUGAUUCAACACAUCAGUCCCGUGCAUGACUUCAGUAUAAAUUUGACCUUGUAUAGUAGCUGGCCUGUAGUACUCAAUAAUCUUCAUGUACAUUACCUUUGGUUGUAUGGUUACUCUGGAAAUUCGUUUCAGAAUUUCGAUGUACAUGGCAUCGGUCAACGUGGGAUUGAGUUAGAUAUAGGAGGGACUGAUAUUGUAGAUCUAAGUGAUGUGGUUUGUAACAAUCAAAUAAACGUCUCAAAGCUUUGGCUUUGGGGAAAUUUCAAACUAGAUAUUAGGCCCUUUGAAAGGUGCAGUCAAGGAAAGGUCAUGCAAAAUAUUUUGGAAUUGGAGCUUGAUGACAUUAACUUCGAAAGCAUCCCCAACUUCGCUCACACACUGACUAAACUAGAAUGGCUCAGGUUUGCAUUUCAUAAUAUCACCGAAAUUAAUGCUAACGACUUUCGAGGACUCAAAGAGCUUAAAGUACUGUAUCUUGAUUACAACCGAAUCACAACAAUACAUCCACAUGCAUUCGACACAAACACAAAACUUCGCGAGUUAUAUCUAAACGAAAACAUGUUGACGCAUAUUCCAGAUAGUGUUGUAAAUUUAAAUCUUGGGUUGUUAAGAAUGGAUGCUAUCGAUUGCACAUGCUCAAGUUUGCAAAAUCUGAAACAAGUAAAUGCAACAUUUGCCGAUAAUAUACCCUGCCUUGGCGACACGCAGUUUGUUCAAUACGCCCUCGCUGCCUGUCCCUGAUAACAUUGUCAACCGAUCGCCAUGUAAUCGCAUUAAGAAAUACUUGACGACAUAUUUUCACAAUUGUUAAAGAAAACGCGGAUAGUAAGAUCCGAUUUUGACGAUUGUUUCACCGAAAUUGUGUAUAUUUUGUGUAAGUUGUUUACUUCUCUGCCUUGCAUAAUGUUGAAUAUACAAACCAAUAAUUAUGGAUUAUGUUAUACACACUUUUUGGAUGUGUGUUUCGUUAACAUCUGUGUUUAAAUAAUAUAUUUGCGAUGUAUGCAUGCAUGGUGUGUAUGUUAACACAAUAAAUUAAACUUGACUUUAAAUUGGGAUAUGUAACAAUAGUACUAAAAUGCGCGUAAAGGCUCUAAAUUGUCAUGUUGUUGUAUGCUGAUUCGAGGUUAUCACAUAUUUGUUCAUAUGCCGUUGAGUGGUGUUUUAUAUAUCAUAAUGCGAACAUGGAAGUGUUUUCGUGACUAAAUGUUGAACUUUAGUGGGUUGCUGAUUGUUAAUCGAAAUAUGAAUAUCAAGAUGACAUUUGCCUGUCUUAUUAUAAUAAAGUAUAUUAAUAAUAUGAAAAUAAACUUGUUUGAUCCGCUACAUAUUUCUAUUAUCCUAAUCAUCGAUAAAAACAUAAUUGUUA